AUGGCUUCUGAGCGCACUUACAUCAUGGUCAAGCCCGACGGCGUCGAACGCGGCCUCGUCGGUGAGAUCAUCAAGAGGUUCGAGAACCGUGGCUUCAAGCUCUUGGGUCUCAAGGCCGUCCAGCCUUCCCGUGCCCACCUUGAGGAGCACUACGCUGACCUCAAGACCAAGCCCUUCUUCCCCAAGCUUGUUGACUACAUGCUCUCUGGACCCGUCGUCGGUAUGGUGUGGGCUGGAAAGGAGGUCGUCAAGACCGGCCGUGUCAUGCUCGGUGCCACCAACCCCUUGGCCAGCGCCCCCGGAACCAUCCGUGGUGACUUCGCCAUUGACGUCGGAAAGAACAUCUGCCACGGUUCCGACUCUGUUGAGUCCGCCGAGAAGGAGAUUGGCCUCUGGUUCCCCGAGGGUGUGUUGAACUACAACCGCUCCCUUGACAAGCUCAUCUACGAAUAG